AGUCGCCGGCGGAGGGUGUACCCUGUGGACCUAACGCGGGCCCAAAGUGAUCUGCGGACGGGGAUUCGGACUCUGUGGAUCCAACCUGGACCCAGGCGGUCCCUCAGCUAGUUCUGGACCCGGUGGACCAGAUUCAGACUCGGGUGGUCCCGAAGACGGUGAUCUGGACCAGGCCCGGACCUGCAGUGCACCUCGGCCUGCUCCCCGACCUUCAGAGCGCAGACUGAGAGGGGUCGGGUCGCCAUGACCUUUGCACUGCUCCACCUCUGCCUGGUGACUGCGGGGACGUUGGCGGUCAGCUCGGCCCAGACGGUGACCUAUCUGGGCCGCCCUCUGCGGGACCGGACCGCCGCCGGCAGCACCCGACCCCCACCCCGGUCACCGGCGCACACCCUGCCGCUGGUGGAUGAGCUCAGCGUGCUGCUCUCCGAGUCCCGACGGCUGCUGGCGCGGCGCGGACACAGCCAGGGAGGACAGCAGCGGACGGCCGCACGUCGGGCCGGGCCAGGGAGGGUACCGGCCGGAGCGGGUGGCGCCACCUACCUCAGUGCUGCCCUCUACCCAGCUGCAGGGCUGGCGGACCGAGCGGCCAAAGCCAGCACUGGGAAUAGUGCAAAUGAUAGCGGUAGGGAAAACCGACCACAGGAGCACAGCACGUUUCUAGCUGCAGAUAAACAAAGCAAUUUUCUGGACCAAACCCUAAGCCCAAGAGCGAGUGGCGGUGUGCAUGUUUGGCGUAAACUCGACAGUACCGUUACAUCCAAAUCUGGCAUUGGUGAAGACGAACCAAAGCUGCUGACCAAGUUCGAAGACGAUCAGGAUAUCUUGGCCCAUGAGUCGUCCUACACCUCGUACGAAGCAAGUUCCUCGUCUGUUACAGCCGAGCGUAAGACGACGGCUGCAGUGCCGUCCGGAACGAUCCCACUCUGGGGUCUGCCCAUUGUAGCCCUUUCCUCUACUACCGCCGACAGCCGCGCCUCUGGCGGGCGCAAGCGGUCGCCCUCCGCCACCUUCAGCCCCACUAUGCGGCCUGGGACAGGUGGCGCCCGAUUCGGCAGCAAAGCCGACACAGGUAGCGCCGGAGUCGCUGACGACGGCAGCACGGCCACCUCGACCCCUGCCGGCAAAGAUAACGUGCCGGGCCGGCCGGGCCGCGACUACCCGACCUUCUCAAAGCCUCCGGUCACGGGGUUCAGCUGCCGCGGCAAGGUGCCCGGCAUGUACGCCGACUUCGAGACUCGCUGUCAGGUGUGGCACUUUUGUCACGAGAACGGCCACCACCGGUUCCUCUGCGUGGCCGGCACCGUCUUCAGUCCCAUCAGUCGCACCUGCGACUGGUGGUACAACGUCGACUGUCGCUACGACGCCUUCCCGCCCUUCUGAGCGCAACACCCGUGACCUCUGUGACGUUAUAUCGUCUGACCUAACCUGGCUGGUGAGCUGUUAACGUCGGGGCAGAAUUUAUGAAACGCUGGGAUGUUGGAACGGUCCAGCAUGACGACAGUGGCCCUAGUGUCCGAGCGUGUUCAGAAAGGCAUCAUCGGCGGUGUGGCCAGUGGCAAUUAGCUGUCAGUGAUGUCAGGCGACCUGUGAACUUUGUGAGGUGGUCAUCGUCCAACAGCGUAACAACAAUAAACGAUGGAAAAUAU